AUGGAAAACAGUAUGGACAUUUCUAACAACUUAAAAGUAGAAUUGCCCUAUGUCCAGCAAUUCAACAUCUGGGGACAUACCCAAAAGAACCAAAAGGAGGACAUCAAAGUGGUGUUUGAACACAGAAUUGGUAACCAGACACUUUUGUCCCUCUUUGUGCUUCAGGAAGGGGUAAGAAACUUCAAGGAACUUCGAGCCAAAUUUCAAAAGUUUGAUGCCCCACCUUUUCCAGGACUGAUUAAGUUGCCAACUGGUGUUUCUCGAAAGGAUGACAGGGGACACACACAGUCAGCUCAGAGUCUGGCUAGUGGGAAGUGCCUCUCAUCCAAUCACCAUCAGCCCCUGUCUUAUUCUUCCACUGAAGUGUGCCAGCCUCUUAAAAGCCAGGAAAUGAAGUUGGUGCAGAGAGGUGAAAUUCAGAAGAAUUCAAGUUCCUUGGGACCUCCAGAAAAGUCUGCUGUGUGUCCUGCAAGAAAUUCCCAGGAAGCCACCAUGCCACUGGCUGGGAGUAAAUCAAAAGCUGAAACAUCCAAUGAGGAGAAAGGACUGGUCCUCAGCAGCUUCAGAUUUAAGCUUUGGAACUGGGAGAAAUUUUUAUCUCAGAACAGUAAGAUGUCCCCAGCUCCGCCUCUUACCAACUGUGGGAAUAAGACCUUCCACAUGGAAAGUCAGAAAACCACGGGGCUUGCUCAUACAAAACCAGAGAUGAGCCUGGAGACAGCAGGAGUCCAGACCCCUACUCCCCAGAUGGUCCAGAGAAAAUCACCUGUGACCUCUGAAGCCUCCCCUUUGCCACUUCCUCAGCAUGGCAGGAAAGGUACAGACAGCCCCGGUGCUGAGGAGAGCCCCAGGAGCAGCCUGUGCCAGCCUGUUUAUGAGUGUGAGCUUACCAGCCCUGUUCCAGACGAGCCAGAGAGCAGGCAUCAACAGCUUCCCAAAAUAAAGCCACUGCCUUCCAUUGAGACCCUCGGCCCGCCUCCCCAGAAGCCUUUAAAACCCCCAUUUGUGGACCUCCAGGCCUUCCAUAGGCAGCCAACUGCUGUCUCCAAGACCCUGAAAGAAGUGACUGUGAAGGAGGGCCCCAUGCUUCCAGAUGGGGCUGGGUUGGAAGAAUCACAUAAUUAUGACACAACCAUUUCAUAUCUGAGUCACUCUGGCAACUCCAUUAACCUGUGUGCUGCAGGAGAAACUGCUGAUGCCACUUAUGAAAUUGAAAUUGAAGAACUCCAAAAGCCUUGGAGGAGUUUCCUCCAUCCAGAGCUGAGCCCGAGACCUAAGGACAAAGAAAACAACAUGAAGAAAAAAGAGUCAUGGGAAUUAGAACCUCAAAAGCAAGAGGAUUCACAUCCUGACCACCCUUCCAAGGCGGGUGUCUAUGAAGGGACAUCGGAAGAAGACCACGAGGACAGAAGGGGUGCUCCAGCUGGAAACCCAGAAGCCAUGACUGACAUCACUCCGAACAGGCUCUUCCCCGAGGAUGUGCCACUGACCAGGCCCUCUCAAGAUAAGGGUGGGUAUGUGGAAGCUUUGGAGGUGACCAAAGAAACCCCAAAUCCAAGUACCAUUAGGUCAAACUCCUCUUCAGAGGAGACUUACGACGAUGUGGGAUGCUCCAGAGAAGAUUUACCCAAGUGGGACUUCUCCAGCUCAUUCACCUCAGACAGUGAGGAAAAUAGUGAAGACAUGUAUGAAGAUAUCUACAAAGCAAAGAAUAAUGACCAAAAAACAAAUGUAGAUGGAAGAGCAGCCCUGAGAAGACUGCAGCAGCUCUUCAGGAAUGAGAAGGGCAUAUUCAGAAUGAAGAAAGUCAAGUCAAAUGUCAGCAAUGGUUUUUCCAUGUCACUGCCUGACUUAGGACUCGGGUCUGAGGACAUUACCAUCUAUGAUGAUGUGGACACAAAUGAGAAAGAAUCAAAAGAUGAAGAUAAAUUGAAAACUUGGAAACUUAAGUUUUUGACAUCAAAGUGGAAAAAGGGGGGAAAAAACAGUGAAGGAUCCAAAAGUUUUUCUCCUAGAAAUUUCUUCAGAGCUAAGAAGCUCAAUUUAGAAAAGAAUAGAAUGGAAAAAGAAGAAAAACUUUUCAGAGAAAGAUUUCAGUAUGGCAAAGAGAUUGUGGUCAUUAACAGAGCAGUGGCAUGCUCCAGUAAUUCACGAAAUGGCAUAUUUGAUCUGCCAAUAACUCCUGGAGAACAGCUGGAAGUUAUCGACACCACUGAAGAAAACCUAGUGAUAUGUCGCAAUUCCAAAGGCAAAUAUGGAUAUGUGCUCAUUGAACAUCUAAAUUUCAAGUAA